AUGUGCCUUGACGGUUGCAUUGGAUACAGGUUUGCUGAUCCACUAAUAGACGGUCAAUACGCACAGAUAAUGCAAGACCUUGUGAAAGAGAGGUUGCCCAGGUUCACUCCUGAUCAAGCUAAAGUGGUCAAGGGCUCACCAGACUAUACCGGAGUCAAUCAAUAUAGAACUAACUUCACAAAGGAGCCGAAAUUGAUGCAGCAGGCGCUGACUAGCUACUCAGUCGAUUUGCGGGUUAUGAAUGGAACAACCAGGGAACCACAACUCAAUAGAGGAGGUGAGGCGAUUGGCAUGACAUGCGACCAGAUGGCCCUGCAACUUGGCCAAGCUGAUCUAGUGGCAGUUUACUGGGCCUCGGAGGGAAGCUGUCGGAGGCCGCCACUCCUCGUUGCUGAAGUCAAACACCAUUAUGUCGCGUGCGUACACCUCCUUGAACUUGGCACUGGCAUAAAGGGCCAGAAAGUUGGCGACCCCAUUGAUUACAGCGACGCCGUCGCUGUUGGGCACCACCUUUAA